AUGGGAGGAGGAGGAGGAGUGUGUCCAAUGGCACUGCUGAGGAGGUGCUGUGUGCUGACACAGAGAGGCGGGCGGCAGCAGCCAGCUGUUGGAAAGAAAGCACUCCUGAACCAUCGCUACUACUGCACCAGGUGAAAAUCUGUACAUCAAAACGAGACCAGAACACCAGGCGACACUUCUGCAAAUCUGCGUUUUUUUUUAUUUGCGAAUUUCCCCAACGCGAGGUUGGUGUCGAUCAAGAGGUUGAAACGCGAAAGAUAAAACAGAGAGAAGGGGAUCGAGAACAGACUCAAAGACGGCUGAAAAAAUGGGACGAAAGAAAAUACAAAUUUCUCGUAUACUGGAUCAGAGGAAUAGACAGGUGACCUUCACCAAGCGUAAGUUUGGUCUGAUGAAGAAGGCUUAUGAGCUGAGUGUGCUGUGUGACUGUGAGAUCGCCCUCAUUAUCUUCAACAGCACCAACCGUCUAUUCCAGUAUGCCAGCACAGACAUGGACAAAGUGCUGCUCAAGUACACAGAGUACAGUGAGCCGCACGAGAGUCGCACCAACACAGACAUCCUGGAGACUCUGCGUAGGAAGGGCCUUGGCAUGGACAGCACUGAGCUGGACAGUGAGGAGAGCAUGCAGGUGGCUGCAGACAAAUAUCCUCUCACUGAGGGCAUGGAUCUCUCUGUGGCACGCCAGCGCUUCUAUGCCCCAUCACUUCUUUCACCAGAGGCCCAGUUUCUAGUGUCUGCGGGCUGUGAGAACGGCUUUCCAAACUCUUCUGGAUCCAGCAUGGUGUCCCAUAGACCUCAGGGCUUUAAAUCUCUGAGUUCCAGACCCGGCUCUGCAAGCCCUGCUGCACAGCACACACACAGUGCAUUUAUGUCUCCACACGCAGGUAUCGGCUACUCCGUGUUCUCUCACAGCAGCCUGAACCGAGCUCUGGACAUGAAAAGCCCUCCUCCUCUUAGCCUGGGCACUGAGAACCUGCGGGGAGAUGCUGCUAAUCAGGGCAUGGCAGCGACACGUGCUAACAACAGCUCUGCUAGGGGGGUCUUGUACCAGGGUCUGCACAGUGGCAGCUCCAUGGUUGCCAUGGGAAAGGCAGGGCUGCUGGGUCACAGUUUGGGGGGCUAUGGACUCCAAUCUCCUGGAGCCUCUGAGUACAGCCAACCUGGUUUUUAUCACUCUGUUAGCCUACAAAGAGGAGCUGUAAACCCCUGGCACCCAGCACAGCCACCUCAGGAGCCCCACGGGCCUCACAUAAGCCCAGGGAUUUCCACUGGAGGGUGCUCCUUCCCCUCUCAGUCCUGCUCCUCAUCCUCUCCACAUCUGCCCUCCCUUAACCUCAGCAUCAAAUCAGAGCGUAGCUCUCCUGAGCACAUGUCCUCCCCCACCUCCCCCCCUCUGCACCACCUCAGGCAGCACUCCCCAAUGAGCAACCCUGAUUCUGCUUGCCAUACUCCUCCAGAAGCCCGUCCGGCCAAUGGGACGAAGGAGUUUCCCAAGGCAGGUUACCCACAGGACGAAGAGGAAGGAGGGCAGCCGCUCAGGCAGCUUGAGAUAAGUGAUGGGUGGCAGAGAUAGCUGGCUGCUGCAGUCUACCACCAUCUCCCAUUCAAUCAGCCAUCUUCCAUCAAGUCCUCUCUUACACACAAACAUGAACACACACGCGCACAGAUAUAACACAGAAGAUAACGAGACGGGAGAUUUUGUCCCCAUCCUUCUAGAGAGAGCAACUCCUUUGUCUCCUCACAGAGAGCUGGUUUCUCCUGAGCCAUGGAUAAUUUCUCUGCAUUACUUGGUUCAUCCAAAGAGGAGACUCGUGCAAACAGACAUUUUUGCUUUUUUGUUUGGUUAGCUUUAGUUUUCUGUGUGGAGCUUAUAUGAAUCAAAAAUACCAUUUGAAAAAAAAAAAUGUUUUGUUCUGUGACUUUUUUUGAAGUUAGCUACAGCAGCACAUCGGGACCAGCUGAAUAUCAAAAAAAAAAAACAACCUGCUAAACCACCUCAGCGUUAGGACAAUAUCAGUGACAUGGUCAAGGCCUAGACGAGGACAUGUCAAGGAUUAUUUCACAACUUUUUCAGUUCACUUAACACAAGACUCAUACAUACAGCAAACAGCUGAAAAAAGUAAAUUUCCUUAAAAAAAUGCAUUUUUAAAUGUAUACUUUCCGGCCUUUCACUUCUACAGAAAAAGAGGACUCUGAAUUAUCCAUCUCAUACUGCACAUUGAAAUCACAUGUGGAUCUGGGGUUGCACAAAUAAAUAUGAUCAAUCAUCCAACUCAACCAAUCAUAUCUACUUUAAAACACAGGAAAAUGGCAGCAUUAGCUUCCUUUGUAAUGACACAAAAUAAGAUUUAUGUGCAAAGUCAGUCACAAUUGAAAGUACUUAAAAAUGUGCAUGCAAAUUCCUGCGAAAAGUCUACCUUGAAAAAAUACAUGAAUUGGCAAUGUUUUGGUCCUGACACUUUGCCAGUUAGUUCAUAGCAAGUAAGAGUGCAAUACUUUCCAAAGCACUUAUCUUGGGAAAUAGAUGUGCAAAGUUUUUAUUUACAAUUUAAAGAACAAUCAAAGGAAAAUAUUCUAUAUUGAUAUGUAAAGAAAAAUAGCAGCCUUUCCAAAAAAAGUUUUAACAUAAGCCUCUGACAGGGCAAAUACAUGUAAGCAAUCACAGUUUAGGAUUUUUGGGGUGGCACCUUGCGUGGCAAAUCAGAUUUCUAGGGGGGGCCCAUGCCAACCCUUUGGACACGUCCCUGCUCUUCAGGGCCAGUACAGACAGGAGGAACUAUCACAACACGGCAAAAGCUGUUUUACUUGGAAUUACUAUAAAACACACUGUAACAAAUGUGAACCUUUCCUCUCCAUCCAGCGAAUCUCAGGGAGUUGGCUGAUGCUUUCUUUGGGAAUUUUGAAACUUGCUUCUACCAAUGUUUGUAAGACUAAAAGUGUGGAUAAACUAAGCUUGUGCUGUAUAACUCCUCCUAAAAUACAAUUUUUAUUGUUUUUUACUACACUUUUUCAAUACCAAAACUUAUAGCAGUAUACUUCAACUGAACACCAAAGACUUUGCAUUUUUUUCCCUAUGCAUUACAAGAUAAUACUAAAACAACCAAAGACAUUAAGUGCAUGUCAAUAUUGGGUCUAAUUUGAUUUUAUUUAUUUGAAGUAAUAAAAAAAUACUAUGAGUUAUUUUUAUUUUAACGUUUAAUUUUAGUCAUUGUAUAUUGUUGAUAGUUUAAAGCUCGACAAAUACAUGAUUUAAAAAAAUAGAAGUCUACAUUUUAAUUUAAUCUUUAAAAUUAAUCACAGCUUAUUAGUAUUUUAUUGAAAGAGUUUAUUUAUGUUUCUGUAAAUGUAGUCUGCACUGUGUUCUUGUGCACUAGAUUUUAUUUUUUGCCUUUCCUCCUUAGAGGACAAAAUAUACCCUUAAUUCAUUAUUAGAAGAAUUUCACCCUAUCGUCCACAAGGGGGCAUCUUAUUCACAACAUUUGGAUUUAAAUUUGAAAACAGCACAGAUUGAAGACCAAGUUCAAGUAUCAUAAAUCACCCAUUUUAUUAGUCUAUGAUGAAUAAUCUAAUGAUUCUUUGAUACAUGACACAGGUUCAGUGGUUCACCCUGGAGACAUUCGACAAAUACAUCGUGAUAAACUCUGCGGAGAUUCAGUGAGCUGGUUGGUAGAGGUCUUCAAGUUCAAGUGCUGCUGUGGAAUUAGUUUUUUUUUUCUUUUCCUGUCUUAUGCAGUAAUAUUGUAACAUAUAUGUGUGGAGAAAAAAAAACGAAUUAUCAGUGUUCUGAUGCUUUAGUUUGACUUUUAUAUGUUUGCUGAAUGCUUCACAAAGCAUAGAGGGAUUUUAUUUGAUAUUUGUUGUGAUUCCUUUGAAAUAAAAAUGGUUUGAUUUGUA